AAAUCGCACUUGCACAUUGACUUUACAAGGAUGUUUGAAAAGUAAGUCCUCGUUGCCGUGUCGUGUGUGGAACACAGUUAGCAUCAAAUAAAGCUUAGAAGAAGAAAAUCACAAUGAAAAUGGAAAUCAGAGAAAGCAUCGAUUGAGAAAAAAACAAAAAAAACACUUGUGGGUUGAACUUAAAAGCCAAUCCCACAUCAACCUAUUCGAAUCAGGUCAAUAUCUCUAUCUUCAUCUGCAAUUCAAUUCGCUUGAUGGGUUUUCGUUUUUCGUCAACAUCACGAGCAUUAUCACUACUACUCAGAAUCACACCAUUAAAUUCCCCAUUUCUUUUCGAAUUUUAGUUUGCAAAACCCAUAUGAAUAAGGACAUAGAACUGUGAUUGUGGGCAAGUUUCAAUCUCUCUUUCACCUGUUUGUUGAUGGGUGAAACUGAAGAGGGAAUGGUAAGUAAGGUAAAGAAUGAUGCAACAAAGUCAAACCCUAAGCUAACUGUUUUGCCACUCAUUGCUCUGAUCUUCUAUGAGGUGUCUGGGGGUCCAUUUGGUGUAGAAGAUUCAGUUAGGGCUGGAGGUGGCCCUCUCUUGUCUUUGCUUGGUUUCUUGAUCUUCCCUUUGUUUUGGAGCAUCCCAGAAGCUCUAAUCACAGCUGAACUCGCCACGAGCUUCCCCGAAAACGGUGGCUAUGUCAUUUGGAUAUCAUCAGCUUUUGGGCCUUUCUGGGGUUUCCAAGAAGGGUUCUGGAAAUGGUUUAGUGGGGUUAUGGACAAUGCCCUUUACCCGGUAUUGUUCCUUGACUACUUAAAGCAUUCAUUCCCAAUCUUUAAUCGAUUAGUUGCUCGAAUUCCUGCUCUUCUAGGAAUCACAGUUUCGUUAACAUAUUUGAAUUAUCGAGGUCUGCACAUUGUUGGGUUUUCUGCAGUCUUGCUUGCAGUUUUCUCGCUCUGCCCAUUUGUUGUAAUGGCUCUUCUUUCAAUUCCUCGAAUUAGGCCUCAACGGUGGCUAGUUGUGGAUUUUAGGAAGGUGAAUUGGAGGGGGUACUUCAAUAGCAUGUUUUGGAAUCUGAAUUAUUGGGAUAAGGCAAGUACACUUGCAGGGGAGAUUGAAAACCCGAGUAGGACAUUCCCUAAGGCAUUGCUUGGGGCUGUGGUUGUGGUAGUUUCUUCGUAUUUGAUUCCACUUCUUGCGGGAACAGGAGCUUUAAAGUCUGAUCCUAGUGAGUGGAGUGAUGGCUAUUUUGCGGAGGUUGGUAUGCUGAUAGGAGGGUUUUGGCUCAAGUGGUGGAUCCAGGCUGCUGCUGCAAUGUCUAACCUGGGGUUGUUUGAAGCAGAAAUGAGUGGUGAUGCCUUUCAACUUCUUGGGAUGAGUGAAAUGGGAAUGCUUCCGGCUAUAUUUGCUUCAAGAUCGAAGUAUGGGACGCCCACCAUUAGCAUCUUGUUCUCCGCAACUGGUGUUAUAUUUUUGUCAUGGAUGAGUUUUCAGGAGAUCUUGGAAUUUCUCAACUUCCUUUAUUCCAUAGGAAUGCUCCUUGAGUUUGCAGCUUUUGUAAAACUAAGAAUAAAGAAGCCAGAUCUUCAUAGACCGUACAAAGUCCCAUUACAAACCUUUGGCGCAACAAUGCUUUGCCUACCUCCUGCUUUACUGCUUAUUCUUGUGAUGUGUUUGGCAUCUUUACAGACAUACUUAGUUAGCGGGGCUGUCAUUAUUCUCGGGGUUUUCUUGUACCCUACUGUAGUUCAUGCAAAGGAUAGGAAAUGGAUACACUUCAAUACAGAACAACCCGCUGGGCCAUCUGAUACUGAUCCUGAAGGCGAUCCAAUUCUUUCAGAACAGCAUCAAGAAGUCAACGAUGAAGCUUCAGUUAGCCUUCUUUCGGGCCAGUCAUCUUCUGUGACAGAACAAACCGCAGAAGUCUCAUUGGAAGAAGUUCUGAAAUUGGAGUAAUAGCUACUCACCAUAGUUCCAUAAUAUGCUUAGAUAGUUACGAGUUUACCUUCACAAUACCAACUUUACAGAAGAAUAAAUCAUCAUUUUAUUUCAUAAGCUGCAUUUCAUAAGUUGUAGUGAUAACUUACAUGUACUUGAUUGAAAUUAUAUUGAUGUAUCUCAGUGGAAGAUUUUAUCUAAUAGCUCAUGGUAUAACUUUGUGAUUAGUGAUCAACUCAUAGUAGGAUAUAUAUGUAUUCAACGUAAAUAAAAAUUGUUAGCACUAGUAUUUUUUCAUUUA